AUGAGGAAGAGCGGCAGAUUCAGCUUCAAGCGACAGAGCUCUCUGGGCACCCGACGCAACUCCCGACGGUUCAGCUUCGGACGCCAGUCCUCUCUCGAUCCCAUUCGCCGAAGCUCGGUGGGCGAUGAGCUCUCGCUGCCAGACAACCUCGAUUGCACCAUACAAUUGUUGUUCAUGGCGUCUAGGGGUGAUGUAGCAGGGGUGAAGGAUUUGUUAGAUGAGGGCAUUGACGUCAACAGCAUUGAUUUGGAUGGCCGGACUGCUCUGCAUGUUGCGGCAUGUGAAGGGCACGUUGAGGUUGUCAAUCUCUUGCUCAGUUACAAGGCCAAUAUUGAUGCUCGUGACCGGUGGGGCAGUACGAAAACCCGAAAGACACCGAUGGCUGUUGCCAAUCCGCAAGAAGUUCCAGAGUAUGAGCUUAAUCCAUUAGAACUUCAGAUUCGCAGAAAUGAUGGUAUUGCAAAGGCAAGUCCGUCAUCUUCUUUAUAG